GAUCCACCGGGCGCCCGGGUGCAGUCUGAUCUGGCGUUGCAUCCGCCAUGAAGAAUUUAUUCUUAGCUACGGCUAAUCCCCAACUUUGGCCUCGACUUUGGCGCCUACAUCCACUCCGUCUCGAGUCUCGACUCUCGAUGAUAGCAAGACCCUCGCUCGCCCAGUUACAUUUCCGCGGCUUCCCGGAACAGGCCAAAUGCCCGAGCUUCACGAGACUACUUACUCACGCGAGGCGACCAUCGCCGCCGUUCGCGAGUACUACCGUUUCCUCACUCGGAUGUACCUCAAAGAGUCGUACAUCGCCGAGCCGCCCCAAGGGGGCUGGCCCGAAAUCAGCCGCGAAACCAUCGGCGCCCUGGGCAAGACGGACGAAGUCAUCUCGCUACUCCGCCAUCUCCCAUACGUCGAGUCGAAUAACGAGUGUGAGGCCCAGGGUGCCGCCAUGUGCCGGUUUGCCGAUUGGCGCGACGUUGCUCGCCAGGUCUCCAUCGGUGAACUGCCCGCCGGGGAUGUUGGCUUCACAAUCGAACGCGAGCUCCCCCAGCAUAUAUACUCCCACGUGGUCGCCGUUACGGACGGUGAUUACUACAACCCGGCGUUCCUACUCGACACCAAGCUCGGUAUAGUCUACUGGUAUGAGUGUCACAGCGACAUUCAAGAGAGUCCGCCUCGGGAGCCAGUCAUGGGCCAAGAGUACGACGGGUUUGACGACAUACCCGGCGAUGAGGCCGAUUGGCGCUCCGGCUCGGUUGCCUGGGCCAUCCCCGAUUUCUUCGAACUCUUCAAGGACCUGUUCCGGCAGCUGUUCUAUAUCCCCGUCAGCCCGCGUAAGGUGUGCUACGCAAGACCCCUGGAGGGCAGGCUGGUGCUGGCCGACAUAUAUCGGGCAUAUGGCUGGCCGGACCUCGAGCGCUAUGACAAGAAGGCCUGUCUGAAAGCGGUCCAGGAUCUGAUGGAGGAGCGCUGGCCCGGUGAAGCCGACCGCCGUGAGAGAGACGAGUAGCGAGUGGCGUUUACGGUUUUUUUAUUUUUAUUUUUUUUUAUUACGAGUAUGGUACCAUUCGGUUCACGGCGUAUAACGCUACAUCGGAUAUGUUGGGCAGCCAACAGUUACAUGCUCAAGUAAGCUUAGAUCAACCAAAUGGUAUUGAACAGCUUGGGUAUGAAAUGAAGCUUGAAUUGGAGUCACGAUUCCAGAGUGACCACACAAAUGAAGGAUCAAGAUAGUGGG